AAGUCCCGGAUUCCUACAAAUGCAGCGCAAUCUAUGACGCCAAAGCGUGUUUUGAUUCCAUAGAAGAAACUUCGCAGUUAAAUUUUAUUUCCUCAAUCCACUCCACCGGGGCAAUAGAAGAGAAUAUAGAUCGAAGGAACGGGUUAGCGGAUUUUUGUCGGAAAGUGCGUCACAAAAUCAUGAGAUAAGAGUAAUCCAAACAGAACAAAACAAGAUUCUUUGCCGGUAUAAAUUGUUUAGCAUCAACCCCAAAUCAGUCAGUCUUGGUUAUCUCAUUCAAAGAUGAUGCUCCCACUUUUCAUCGCAGCGGCUAUCACAGUCGCAGGGACAGGUGCGCAACAGGGGGUUUUCUACGACAUGCAGGCAGGAAUCCCUUCAGGAAUAGAAACCAAAUGCGAUGGAACCUCAUUCUUGGGCUCCUGGAGAGAAGACGAGGCAGCUAAUCAUCAGCUUACAGAAGGCGGUAAAGUGGCUGUUUCACAGAGAGGGGUGAUCUCUUGUAUGCGAGCCCCAGUCAUGGAAAUCCAAAGUGAUUACAAGUUCACAAUUCAGCUUUUCGUGUCAGAAAAUGGGAACAUAAAUGCUAAGGAUAUGAUACUACAAGUCUUCUUUGUUGAGGAAGGAACUUCAGUAUUUAAAAUGUUGACUAUCUUUCGAAGCGACAUAAAAACAGGCUGGCACAAUAUUACUAAGAACAUGCCACCUAGAAUGGAUUUUUCCAAAAACCAUCAGAUCGAAAUUACGUCUUCCGAUUUGAUCAACUAUGUUGCAAUUCGAUGGUUUGGAAUAUCUAACGAGGAGCUUCCACCGCCAACAACGACCACUCCUGCUGCAGAACCAGAAACGUCCGUUAAUACCACUCCUGCUGCAGAAACGUCCGUUGAUACCACCUCAGAAGCAAUCACUACCACAACUGCUGGUGAAGACCAAUCGACAUCCUCCCCUACUGAACUGAUUACAACAACGACUGUUCAAGCACAAACAGAGUUGUCGACCACGAGCAGAGAGCCCAUCACGGAUACAACUCCGAAACCCCCAGCGCAGGUGGUUUCGGUCUUUCCAGAGCUUUGGAGCACCCUCUUGGGAAUUGCAAUCGGAAUCAUAGCAAUGUGCGUGCUCUUCUUCGUGGCGACCUGCUGUCGAUUGUGCUUGUUCGGCAAGAGAACAGGUCGCCAAAGGAUCGAUUCAGGAUUCAGACUGCCGAGGCUUCACGUUGUUUCCACGCCAAGCCAGAAAAGUAUUACAGGGUCAAUUGACACACACUCGUCGGCCAGCACCGCUGACCCGUUUUGGGUGAAAAGCAAGGCUUGGUCGCACAUCCCGUAAAUUAGAGUGAGUUGUUGUGUAACGCCAAAUUUAAUCUGAGAUUUACCCAUUUUUGAUAAGACUGACCCUUCCCAAUAUCACAUAUCGGUAUGUACAAAAUAGUAAUUAAAAUUUGUAAUCAGAUCUAAAA